GGGAGGUUGGGCAGUUCCUGGAGAUUUCAGAGCCGGGAGGUGGCCGUGGAGCUGUUAGUGGAACCAGGACUCCAGAAGACCUUUCCAGAUUCAUUGUGGAGCUGCAGCAGAGAGAACUCGCCCUGCAGGACAGGAACAGCAGUGUCACCAGCAGUGCCCGAGCCCUGGAGAAGGUCCAGCAGCAGCUGCAGGAGGAGGUGCGCCAGGUCAGCGGGCAGCUGCUGGAGGAGAGGAAAAAGCGAGAGACCCAUGAGGCGCUGGCCCGAAGGCUCCAGAAGCGUGUCCUGCUGCUCACAAAGGAGCGAGACGGCAUGCGUGCCAUCCUAGGGUCCUACGACAGUGAGCUGACGCAGGCCGAGUACUCACCCCAGCUGACCCGGCGCAUGCGCGAGGCUGAGGACAUGGUGCAGAAGGUGCUGGCGCACAGCACGGACAUGGAGGCUCAGCUGUCCCAAACCCUGGAGGAGCUGGGAGGCCAGAAGCAGAGAGCUGACAUGUUGGAGAUGGAGCUGAAGAUGCUGAAGACGCAGUCCAGUUCUGCCGAGCCCAGCUUCCGCUUCUCCAGGGAGGAGGUGGACGCCCUCAGGUUGAAGAUUGAGGAGCUGGAGGGUGAGCGGAGUCGCCUGGAAGCGGAGAAGAAGGAGCUGGAGCUGCACCUCGAGAGACGCAGCCUGCAGGGCGACUAUGACCAAAGCAGGACCAAGGUGCUGCACCUGAGCCAGAACCCUGCCAGCGCGGCCCGGCAGCGUCUGCGCGAGGACCACGAGCAGCUGCGGACUGAGUGUGAGCGGUUGCGGGGGCUGGUGCGCGCCCUGGAGCGGGGAGACCCCGUUCCCACCGACCUGGAGGCUGCCGCCAACCUCCCGUCAUCCCAGGAGGUGACAGAGCUGCGGAAGCAGGUGGAGAGCGCCCAGCUGAAGAAUCAGCGGCUCAAGGAAGUCUUCCAGACCAAGAUCCAGGAAUUCCGUAAAGCCUGCUACACGCUCACCGGCUACCAGAUUGACAUAACCACUGAGAACCAAUACCGGCUCACCUCCCAGUACGCCGAGCACAAGGCAGACUGCCUCAUCUUCAAGGCCACCGGCCCCUCGGGCUCCCAGAUGCAGCUGCUGGAGACGGAGUUCUCGCGCUCGGUGCCCGAGCUCAUCGAGCUGCACCUGCUGCGCCAGGACAGCAUCCCGGCCUUCCUCAGCGCCCUCACGCUCGACCUCUUCAGCCGCCAGACCAUGACCUAGCCUGCCCUCCAGCUGUGCCCACUGCGUCCCAGUAAGACCCUCCGUCCCAGCACGGCCUGACCAGCACCCUGCGCCACCAGGCUUGACCAGGAACUGCCAGCCACCACCUCCCGGCGGGCAGGCUCGUGACCAGGGGCGGGCCCAGGCUCUGCCAGUCCCAUUUCAUCCUGCUUACAGGAUCAGGCGCGGGGAGGCUGUGGCCACCAGCCCUGCCCCGACUCCACAAAAUAAAGCUUCCUCCGAUCACCAUC